GAUGUAUUCCAGGCAUUACGGCAACUUGUGUCAACCAAACUCGUUUUCCGCAUUUAAGUGUUUCCAUAUAUUUGGCCCCUCCGUCGGUCUACCUGGUUUCCAGCAUUCCGUGAUUAUUUGAUCGAAAUGGAUGCUGACAUCAGUGCCGCGGCUUCUGGUAGCGUUACCCCACCGGACUCGGAUCGUAAGCGAAAAGUACACGGUAUGCUGAAGCUUUAUUACGGGCUGAACGAAGAAGGGAAGCCCGAUCAGAUGGAGUCCCUGGGUCCGUGUGACAUAAACGGGCCGCAUUUCGAUCCGGAGGUGUUCUUGAACAAGCUGAGGAAGGAGUGUUCCUUAGCAGAGCUGAUGGACCAGGAAAGCUGCAUGGUGAAGCAGAUCCGCUCUCUGGACAGUGACAUGCAGACAUUAGUCUAUGAGAAUUACAACAAGUUCAUAUCUGCCACAGACACAAUAAGGAAGAUGAAGAAUGACUUCAAGAAGAUGGAGGAUGAGAUGGACUGCUUGUCCACUAACAUGGCAGCUAUCACUGAGUUCAGUGCACGAAUCAGUGGCACUCUGCAGGACCAGCACACACAGAUCACCAAGCUAUCAGGAGUCCACACCCUUCUGCGGAAACUGCAGUUUCUGUUUGAGCUGCCGGCGAGGCUGAACAAGUGCCUGGAGAUGCAGGCCUACGCCCAGGCGGUCAGCUCGCACCGUCGUGCCCGCUGUGUGCUUCACCAGUACAGCCACAUGCCCUCCUUCCGGGGCAUUCAGGACGACUGCCAUGCCAUCAUGGACCAGCUGGCCCAGCAGCUGCGGCAGAAGUUCAGGGAUGGGGGUUCGAGUGCAAAGGACUUGUCUGAGUGUGUGGAGCUGCUGCUGCAACUGGAUGAGCCUGCAGAGGAACUUUGUGACAAAUUCCUCAGCCAUGCCCAGUCCAGGCUAGAAGCAGAUCUAUUGGGUCUGGAGGCGGAGCUCCGCGAGCCGGUGUCUGCCUCGGUACCAGUAACAUCAGUCGACCCCGCCAGUAGUUCUGCCUCCAAGGCCUCAGCUGCACCUACUGAUGAAGGUCCAGCGGGGUCUACACCAUCCAUGUCCAGCACAUUACUUUCCCCAAGUUCCAGGACGGACAUUCUAGAAUUCAUCGAUAGAGGGUGCAACGAAUUUGUGAGUAGCCUCUGCCUGGUCAUCGCCUCCUAUCAGGAACUGUUCAUCAACCGUCCACAAGAGGACGAUUUAGCCUCCAAAAACAUCCCCCAGAUGGCCAAUGGCAAACUCCACAGCUUUGUUGACACUUUAGCUGCCCGGUACUUCACGCUGGUGGAGCGCAGGAUACAGGAGGAGAAAGGGGUUGGAGAUAACUCGUUGCUUGUUCGGGCUUUGGACCGCUUUCAUCGCCGGCUUCAGGCCGUGUCCAAACUCCUUCCAGGGUCUCCGGUUCCGAGCCAAGGAACUGAGAUCGUGGUGCGGGCAGCCAGGGAAAGGAUCAGGCAGUACUUGGUCGCCUUGCAGAGUUUCUACUUGGACAGCCUGACGGAUGUGAGGCAGGCCCUGGCUGCUCCUCGGCUCACUGUGGGCGGGGCAGGAGUUUCAGGUGCUGGGGGUCUUUUAGGAGGAGCAGCAUCUGUGAAAGAUGUGCCUCCCAGCCUCCCAGACCUGCUGACUUCCCUGUCGGGAUCCAUUCUGAACCAGAUAAAGUCAGUGCUGGCCUCCGUACAUCUCUUCACUGCAAAGGACAUCACCUUCUCUAAUAAGCCUUACUUCAAGGGGGAGUUCUGCAGCGAGGGCGUGCGGGAGGGCCUUGUGGUGAGCUUCAUAAAGUUUGUGUGCCAGUCCUCGCGUCAGUUCUGCGAGAGUGCCGGGGACCGGGGCGGCACCACACCCCCUGCACUCCUGCUGCUGCUCUCCCGGCUCUGCCUGGACUAUGAGACCUCCACCAUCUCCUACAUCCUCACCCUCACAGAUGAACAGUUCCUCGUGCAGCACCACAGUCCAGUGACUGCAGUUACUGCACUUUGUUCAGAGGCCCGAGAGGCUGCACAGAAGCUGCUGAAUCACUAUGUGAAGGUCCAGGGCCUGAUCAUCUCCCAAAUGCUGAGGAAGAGUGUGGAAACCCGAGACUGGGUCAACACAAUCGAACCACGCAACGUGCGUGCAGUUAUGAAGAGGGUGGUCGAGGAUACCACCUCCAUUGAUGUACAAGUAGGCUUGCUGUACGAGGAGGGCGUGAGGAAGGCCCAUAGCAGUGACUCGAGCAAGAGGACCUUCUCAGUCUAUAGCAGCUCCAGGCAGCAAGCCCGGUAUGCUCCCAGCUAUACACCAAGUGCUCCGAUGGACACCAACCUGCUCAGCAACAUUCAUAAACUCUUCUCUGAGAGAAUUGACAUAUUCAGCCCUGUGGAGUUCAACAAGGUCUCGGUCCUCACGGGAAUCAUAAAAAUCAGCCUGAAAACGUUCCUGGAGUGUGUGCGAUUGCGCACCUUCGGUCGCUACGGCCUGCAGCAGAUCCAGGUGGACUGCCACUACCUGCAGAUGUACCUGUGGCGGUUUGUUUCUGACGAGAACCUGGUGCACUUCCUGCUGGACGAGAUUGUGUGCAGCGCUGCACACCGAUGCUUAGACCCUGCACCCAUGGAGCAGAGUGUGAUUGAAGUGAUCUGUGAGAGGGGUUAGUGGCAGGACUGGGGUGUAGACUGACCUUUGGCCCCCUAACGGGUAACGAUCGGAAUUGAAAGAGGGAGAAAGGGGGUUUGUUCGGUUAACCGAGGGUCACAGGGGUGUGGUUGAAGAGGGCCAAGACUAAAUCGAGGACCAGGAGAUUGAAAUCAACAUUGAGGGUGAUCAGAAGUUAUUGUGCACACUAAGGUCAGUAAUGCCAUUUUGGACAAACGUAACAACGGCGAUAGUUUGUGUGAGGGUGAGCUAGGUCUAAUUUAUAUAAGAUAUUUAAGUUCACCAAUGGUAAUUUAGCUAUCUGCAGGAAGUCAAUACGUCAUGGCCAAAUGAGAGAUUGAAAAAAAAAAGACUAUUCAUGAUUCUCCCCUUGAAACAGCAAUUAAUUUAACUAAUGAAAGUUUUUUUCUGUUUACCCACCCUCUUGAAUAAAUUAAACGAUAUUAAUAUGAUUGUGUAAUCGUUGCAUUGCUCUUAAUCUCUCUAUGAUUUAACAAAUAAAUGGAUUGUAUUUCUGAUGAAAUUUGA